UCCCACCCGUUCGUAUUUACUUCUCGCACUGCGCAUCAGAAUUUCUGACGCAGAAAUAUAUUUGAUAUUCAGAAAUAAAUUCAGAAAUACUCCCCAAAUUCCAAAAUAUAACUGGGUUUUCAUUCCUUAACUAUCGAAAUUCAAUCUGACCAAGAUCCGAGACUUAUCCAAGAAAAAUGAAACGCUCCACAAAAACUGCACCAUCGUCGUCUCAUUCUCACUUGCCCAAAGUGAAGGAAGUCCCAUUUUCAAAAUGGUAUAAGCACAUGGCCAGUACUGGAGUGGGGCCUGACUUGGUCGAACAGUUUGCCAAGUUGCGGCCCAUCUUAUCCGAUCCGGCGCAUCAUGAUGCCACCUUUGGGAUCCUGGUCAGCCUCGGCUUACCAAAGGCACACUGGGUCAAGCCGCCAUGGAAUUAUAACAUAGAAAAGGAGCGCUUUAAGGCGGCCUUCACUGUGGACAAGGCUAAUCCUGAUUCGCAUAUGGACGAUCAACCAAAAUACACUAGCUUCGUCAUGAAGUUACUCCACCUGGAUAAGAAAUAUGCCAAAGUGCAAGAGCUUUCGGACAAUACGCUUGUGGACUCUUUAAAAUUCGUGUUGAGCUUUUGCUCCACGGUUAAGCAGGCUGACCUUCAGACGAUGAGAUUACUACUCGUAUGCCGAGAUCAAGUGCGCCGGUUGGAGUCGUUGCUGAGACGAGGGGACAAGGUCAUCGAUAAGGAGGAUGACAACAGACUCUCUGCUUUAUGGACAUUGAAAGACGCUACCUUUCACCUGGUGGACAAAAUGGUGGAGCUGGACAAAGUUUCAUCGAAGCACUUAGCGAAUAUUAUGCUCAAAUGUAGUUUGCUCCCAAGAUACAAGGAUCAUACCCGCGAGGAAAUCAGGUUUGAUACCGAGAUUCUUGAAAAGAUGAAGAAAAUGGGUCAGAGGAUUGAAAUUCUGGGAAAUAUUGUAGCAGCGGAGAAAGAUCCGGAAAAGAAGACGAAAUUUGAGGACGAUUUGAAAAAAGAAAAAGCCGAAUUCGAAACGUUCACAGGGAAAGAUGAAACAUGUAAAGAGUUUUCUUUUAUGGCGUUAGGGACGCUGCAGUUGAUGAAUCGUACCUACCGAAACGAAGGUCUUUCCCACGAUAUGCUUCAGAAGAUUGUCGCGACUUUAAAAACAUACAACAGGCAAGUGAGCGAAUACAAUAUCGAAUGGUUAACCAUGUCAUCACGCCGUCGUCGGUCCCGUUGACAAGUCGACAAAGAAAAAUAUGUUACUUGCUCAGCAUUCAUAUUUUAAAUGGAAGGAUUUUUCAAAUAUUCAGUUAGACAAGUACGGUACAAUUAACUAUUUCCAAGACUUAGCUUAGACUCGUAUGCAGUGUAAUUUAAUACAAUUUCUUCACAUGGUACUGUAUUAAUUUAACCUUCG